CACGAUGGGCGGCUGUAUCUCUUGUUUGUGCGCUAUUUGUUAUCUGAUUUGGCCUGGAUACAGUACUUUUACCUCGCUGCCGAAGUCUUUCUCACGACCAGCAUUGCAUCCUUUCCUCCCCACUCCAAGUAUCCCUAUAUUCAGUCGGUACGAUGCUGUCGCAAAACUCUGCCCGAGCUGCUCAGCGCCUGGCGCGAGCAGCUGCCCGCCAGCAACCGCAGUUCCAGAAUGCCUCUCGAUCCUUCGCGACGGUGCAGUCCGACAUCUUCAAACCCACUAAAUUCGGCAGCAAAUAUACGGUCUCGCUGAUCCCCGGCGACGGUAUCGGUGCCGAGGUGGCCGAGAGCGUCAAGACCAUCUUCAAGGCGGACAAUGUGCCCAUUGACUGGGAGGAGAUUGAGGUGUCGGGUGUUGAGUCGGGCUCUCCAGGCAGCGCCGAGGCCAUGUUCCGCGAGUCGGUCGCUUCCCUCAAACGCAACAAGCUGGGCUUGAAGGGCAUCCUCCACACGCCCAUUGCGCGCUCCGGCCACCAGAGCUUCAACGUGGCCAUGCGCCAAGAGCUCGACAUCUACGCCUCAAUCUGCCUCAUCAAGAACAUCCCCGGUUACCAGACGCGCCACAAGGACGUCGACCUGUGCAUCAUCCGCGAGAACACUGAGGGCGAGUACAGCGGACUGGAGCAUCAGAGCGUGCCGGGCGUCGUUGAGUCGCUAAAGAUCAUCACCCGUGCCAAGUCGGAGCGCAUCGCCAAGUUCGCCUUCUCCUUUGCCAUGGCCAACAACCGCAAGAAGGUCACGUGCAUCCACAAGGCCAACAUCAUGAAGCUCGCUGACGGUCUCUUCCGCAACACGUGCAAGGAAGUGGGUGCCGAGUAUCCGUCCAUCGAGUACGCCGAUAUGAUUGUCGACAACGCCAGCAUGCAGUGCGUCUCGCGGCCCCAGCAGUUCGAUGUCAUGGUCAUGCCCAACCUCUAUGGUGGCAUACUGUCCAACAUUGGCGCUGCUCUUGUUGGUGGGCCGGGCAUUGUCCCUGGCUGCAACAUGGGCCGCGAUGUCGCUGUCUUCGAGCCUGGCUGCCGUCACGUCGGCCUUGAUAUCAAGGGCAAAGACCAGGCGAACCCCACCGCUCUGAUCCUGUCUGGUUCUAUGCUCCUCCGUCACUUAGGCCUGGAUGACCACGCCAACCGCAUCUCCAAGGCGGUCUACGACGUAAUUUCCGAAAGCAAGACGCGCACCCGCGAUAUGGGUGGUGACGCCACGACGCACCAGUUCACCCGCUCCAUCCUCGACAAAAUGGAGACUCUAUAAACUGUACACCGCUUUCCCUACCUCGAACCUUUCCCGAACUUUGAUACCAACGCCCUCCAUCUCGAGCUUCCGCAUGAUCGUCAGUAGACCAAUCAGGCGCCCGGGGAUGAUGAAUGGGUGCAUGGAGUCACGGGCAUCUGAUGACGACCUCGGCCUGUACUGUAGGUAGAUUAGGAUAAUACGCAUUGCAUUGAAUCAUUUUUAAACCGUGGAUCUGGACUUGCCUGGUUUCUACUGUCUCAAUAUCGUUCUAUUUAGCCGUCCAUACGACCUGCCAAACCGCUUCAGAAGGCCGGAUGAUGAUUUCAGCCCAAUUUGCCUAUGAGCAACUGGGUUGAGAACCCCUUGUUAUGUUAAUCAAAG